UAAAUUCGCGAACGCGUCGCGCCUGGAGCUCCGAUCCGAUACGAUACGAUCCGUUACGAUCCGAUCCGAUCCCAUCAUGCCAGGCCCGAUUUCGUAACAUUCCGAUCCGAAACUCGUCUUAUCAGUGCGGCGAUAAGAGAAAGUAGGGAGAUAGAGAGAAAGAAAGCGUGGAAAUGCCACAGCAGGCGAAGGACAUCAACGAUAACUUCGCCAUGGAGACGCACAUUUACGAGAAUUUGCCGAGUGUGGGCGUGGCCGCGACCUCCGCCCCCAGCCCCUGCCCCUGCCCCUCCCACAAGGGUCAUACCAACUUGGAGCUGCGAAAGUAUUUCCCUCGCGAGACGAUCUACGAGAAUCUGUGCCGGGGCUGCGGCUAUGGGGUGUUCGCCGCCCAAGGCCGUUACUGUCAUUUCUGUCAGUGCAUCGUGAGCGGGGGGGUGGUGAGUCCGCCCCCUCCACCCUUUUCGCCACCCCCUCCCCCUCUCUCAUCGGAGUGUAAUAAUAUUUAUGAGAAUAUCUGCGAUAUGUGCCGCGGCAUUUACAGCGACAACGAGCGAUGCCAGUGUCAAAGGUCAGCGGAGUCGCCCACUGACAAUGCCACGCCCACGCUCACAGCCACCCCCACGCCACCCACUCCUCCCACCAAGGUCAAGUCGCGCUCUCUGCUGGGCUACUCCAAGUCCAGUGCAGCGACCUUGACCCGUCUCUUUGGCUCUCUUAAGCAGCUCAAUCGCUCUUCGUCGCUGCAGCGAAGGCUCUUCCCAAGGACCUCCAACGGCGGCGGCGGUGCCUCCGGCUCUCUGGAGAUCAUCCACAACGUUGACGAGGUCUUCCGCACCCAGGAGACCUUUGACCUUCGCCGCAUCUGCGAACUCAAGCUGCAGCAGCAGCAACUUAAGAGCACCAGCCAGAGCGAUCAGCACAUUUACGGUCGAGUAAGAGAGCCCGAGCCCCAACCGCAGCAAGAGCAAGAGAGCCCCGGCCAGAAUAGAGAGCGCAAGAAGCCGCGUGUUUCUCGCAUUCGCUUGCUGCAGGACGAAAGAGCGGCGGCGGCAGCGUCCUUGUAUCUCAACGAGAGCAUUUGCCAGUGGAUGACGUCACUGAGGCGCCAGGUCCACCACUACGAGGAGGGGGCGUGGCAGCAGCCCAAGAGCGUGCCAGCGCGAAGAGAUCAUCAGGGGAUCAGCUCCGAAGAGAUCGCCAACGUCACACUGCGAAGGAGCAAGGACAUCGCCGAAGAGAGUUGCCACCGGCCGCAGAAUCUGAUCGAGGACUUUAAGAGAAAGCUACAAGUGAAGAGAGAGGCUAAAGAGUUGGCAAGCGAGCAGCGCAGAUGUGCGAUCACGGCCGAGUUUGUGAAUGACUACCUAAGUGCUCUGAACGAAGAGAAAAGGCAGGCGGCCACGCAACAAGUGGGGCUGAUCGAAGAGCAGGGGGACAGAGAUGCUAUGCCACCAUUGCCCCACCAAGUCUCUCUCUUACGCUUAAUGCAGAGCCUCGCCCUCUCCGGCAGCCUGCACGUGUGUGUGCGUGGCUUUCUCACCGCCUAUGACAAAUCGUUCAGUCAGUGGUUGUGGCAACAACAACAACGCAAGCAACACAAGCAACCGAUCAACGGUUAUCGCCGCCAGAGAGCGCGUGACUCAGUUGGGGGCUAUGAAUUUGAAUGGCGCCUGCUUCUCUUCUUCGGCCACAGCGAUCGCUCGGCUUCAAUUUCAUUUUCGCCAGCGGUUUCGAAGAGAGACGACGUGUUUUCGGCUGCAGCGCAGCGUCGCGCGAUUCGAAGUACGAAGAAGGGGAGCAUUGCGAGCGAGGGAGAGGGAGCGGGACCGGGAGCGGGAGCGGGAGAGGGUGUAAGCGGGGGCGAGGGCUCCACCAACACCAACACCAGCACCAAUAAAAACCAUAACAACAACAACAACCACAUUCGAGCUUUGAUGGCGGCGCCAAAGCCAAAUGGUGGGGCAGAGCGCCCCACAAACAACAACAACAACAACAACAACUGUAGCAGCAACAACAACAACAACAAUCACAGUUGUGACAAUGAAAGCGGCAGCAACAACAACACCACCACCACCACCAGUUGCAAUGUCAGCGAGCAACAACAACAGCAACAGCAAAUCACACAGAAUUGCGUGAUCAAGGUCCGACGUCCGGCGCCCAAAGUUCCCGUUCGUAAUCCCAACACUUCUCUGAGCAAUCCCCGCCAGACGGACGAGGCGUUGGCCAAGUCAAAUGGUCAGGGCCAAGACAGCCAGGACACCAGGGCCAACUCGCUGGCCGAGGAGAAUCACCAAACCGAUCCCCGUGUUUCAGAGGAGGAGGAUGAGGAGUCCAUUUACCAACCCAUUUGGCAGUUCAAGACCCUGGAACCCGCCGAUCAAGAGAUCAUCGAAGCCCCACCGCCAGGUGAGGACGAUGAGGAGGAGGAGGAGGAGGAGGACGAGGAGGACGACGACGACGAGGAGGAGGAGGAUCUGGGAGAAUACGACGAAUUGCUGCCCUCCGACGCCGAUGCGGAUGUGAUGGCUCUCCAGGCGGCGGCCGUCUUUGCCGCCGGCGUUCGCCACAAGCUCUCCACGUCGACGCUGACCAAGCGUUCCAAGCUGAUGCUGCCCACGCCCUUGCCCUCGCCCACCGCCUCCAUGGACCAGGGGGCGUGGGAAACGGACGUGGAGUUCAUGUACUCGCGGGAGACCAAGGAUGCGGAUGCGAAUGCGGAGGCGGAUGCAGAUGCGGAGGCGGAGGCGGAUGAGACGCUCAGCCUGGGCAGUACGGUGACGAACAGCACGGCGACCCUGGGUUCCAUCAGUAGCACUGGCAGCUCCAGGUUGCAAGCUCCUCCUGCGGACAAGAGGCCCGCGGAGAUUGUGCCCCUGGUGCAUCCUAUCCUUAGGAACAUCUGCAUUUUCUACAGCCCAACGGAUCCCAAGAAGUAUAGUGCUAUAUUCUACGACUACCAUCGAUCGCAUGUCCACCAGCGGUUCAUGACCCGCAUCCGUCGACCGGCACCGCCACCGCCCGUGACCCAGGUGACCCCGGCCGCCGCGGUGAACCAGGUGACCCCUGCGACCUUGGUGACCCCGCGCAGCGACGACAGUGGCUGCAGUUGCGAGGCGGAGGAUCUGGAGGACCCUCACCACCGCACCGUGGCCAUUCCCCAGCCCCUCAAGGAGGAUUGGGAGCGGGCUGUGCUCGCCGCGGGGGCGGUGGGCGGCAAGAGGGGCGUGGCUCCGCGGGCGGGACGCAAGCUGAGGGUCCGCUCCAAUGCGAGGCUACUGCUCACCGAUUCCGUGCUGGCCUGGCGGGAAACGCUGCAGGAUUUCCAUUGCUGCGAGGACGAAGAGGACAUGAUUGUGCCAGUGACUGACAUUCUGCGGGCGCAGCAAAUCCAGGAGGACAAUGAGGUGCAGCAGACGCAGCAGAGCACGAUUCUCCAGCGCUUCAAGAGCGUCUCCAUCGGCAAUCUGCUCGAUCUGCCGGGCGAGGAUGAUAAGAAGUCCAUCAAGAACCGCAUGCGGAUGAAGUUCGCCGUCAACAGCAAUGUGUUUCGCAUCAACCGCUCGCCGAAGACCGAGAAGAAGUCGCGCCAACGUCGUGGCCAGGUGAACAGCCUGUACCUGGACGAGCAGAAGUAUCCGCUCUUCGCCGCACCACUCAGCGCCCUGGAGCUCAACAUGACCGACCAUCCGAAUGUGCCGCGGUUCGUGGUCGACAUCUGCGCCUACAUCGAGCAGCCGGAGUGCAUCGAACAGGACGGACUGUACCGGGCGUCCGGGAACAAGGUGCUGGUGGACGAGCUGCGCAAGAAGCUGACCCACCUGUACGAUCCCCGCUGGCUGCACACGGACGACAUCCACACGCUGACCAGCCUGCACAAGCAGUUCUUCCGCGAGCUGACCGCUCCGCUGAUCACCCAGGAGGCCUACGAGCGCCUGGGACGCAGCCUCAACGACGAGGCCGCCAUCGAGCGGAUGAGCCUGGCCUUUGACGACAUGCCGGAGCCGAAUCGCUCCACUCUGCGCUUCCUCAUCAAGCACCUGACCAGAGUUGCCGCUGCCAGCGCUUCGAAUCGCAUGCCGUCCACCAAUCUGGCCAUCGUCUGGGGUCCCUGUCUCCUCAGCGCCAAUCAAAUCCAGCUGGACAUUGGGCGCAUGAACAUGCUGGCCAAGGUGCUGAUCGAGAAUUAUGAUCGCAUCUUCCCUCCGGACAACGAGCGUCUCGUUUGCUAGGAUGCGCCACGUCCGCCCCUCCGCUGCCACGCCCACACAACUCCACAUACACACAAACACACACACAUCACACUGAAAGCAAGCAGCAUCGAUAUAUAAGUGCCUCAGACAUUAGAAAUCAUCACGUCUCCACCCUUCUCACCCUAUGUCUUACAUAAUAAUAAUAAUAUUUUUUUUUUUAUGUUUUUUUGUCAGCUUUAAUUCUAUGUUGUCCUUCGCUAAUUUUAAUACUUUUAAUUACUUUAUUUAUUCAUUGGAAAUGGGAACUCGCCUAGGCGAACCCAUCAAGAAAAUACUUACCAAAAAGACAGUAGACUAAGUUAUAUUACUAAAGCAGAACCGCGGGAAAAACCCCAAUAUCAAGGCGACGAACUUUGUGGCGGUACAGUGAGCACUGCCUGCGGCCACUUCAACAACAUGACGAUACGUUUUUGUUGUUUUGACAUCACACAUGAGACGCGAUAGUCGCUGCAAACUGCAACCGUGAAUAUAAUGUGUAUUUAUAUAUAUUAAUUAAUAAACCAUAUGACAUAUACGAAUAAAGUCCAGUACAGUAGAUAGGCUA